GAGCAAGGAAAGAAGAAGCAGCACUGAGCUAGGAAGUGUGUACCAUAACAACGUGGUUUUAUUGAAAUUGCCGGUGUACAUGUCUACAUUACGAAAGUAUCUGUAAGUAUCUCAGUAUUUACCAUGAAGCACUCAGAGGUGAAGCAGCAGCAUCCCUCCCUAUACCUACAAGUCUGUUUCCAAAAUGAGGAGCCUCGUCUUCCGCUGCACACCUCCAUCGCCCUGUUCCUCCUGUCCUACUGCGAGUGCAAGUCUUUCAAAGUGUUCCUGGUCUUCACCAAACGUGCCAGCUCCCAGUCACUGAAGAGUCAGCUACCAGAGGCUCUGGAGCUGUCUGUCAUUCAGUUGGAGGACCUGCCCCAGUUGGUGAGGGGCUGCCGUCUGCCUGCUGUUCUGGAUGAAACUGGGAGGCUGUGCAGGGCAGGGCUGGCAGUAGUCCUGAGACACAUCAUCAGCAAGACCUUAGAGGCUGAGCCCUCCAGAAAGGAUGUGUUGGCACUGCUGGGAUUCAAGAAGACCUGUCUGAAGGCCUGUGCUGAGGUGAGCAAGUGGACCAGACUGUGUGAAAUCGGCAUUCCCUCUGCUGUCGAAGAACACCUUAAAAACCCCCAAAAUCAAUAUCAACAGCUGCCUCUCUCCAUCCUCACCCUAGAGCGUAGGCUAGCAGAGCCAGUCAAAGUCCACAAUGAUGACAAAAUACGGAGACAGAAACUCCAAGAGCAGAGACAGAAUGGAAAAAACAAGUCCCCUGAAGGGCAAGGGAACCCAGACUCUGAGUCCGACCCUGGAGCGUCACCUCAGGUCUGUGAUGGACUCGAGCUCAGGGCGGCUUUGGCCAAGCUGUCUGUGGAUUCAGUUCCAACUCUGGCCACCAGAGAGAACUCUGAGAUCAGGAAAGUGAAGACCACAGACCUUCCUCCGCUGGAGCACGUGUUUGCUGAAGGGCUGUACUUCACUCUGACUGAUGUGGUGCUGCUGCCAUGCAUCUAUCAGUACUUGCUUUCCCUUCAAACCCACGCUGUGAGCACUCUACUUCAGCUCCCCCACCUGCUGCGUUGGUACAGACGGGUUCAGGAGGUACCUAGGGUGCUUCAGGCAGCCGAGGCCUGUGGAAUGGUUCUUUCUGUCCCCCGAGUUCCAGUGUCCAGCCUUCCAGGGCCAUCAGCGGAGGACAACCCAAGUAGCCUACUGGAGCAAGAAGAAGGCCAGGAGAUGACCACAGAGCCCCCCUUUGUUGGAGGCCCCAGGCCCACAAUGACUAAACUUAAAGAAAAUGGCAUCGAGGCAGUCUUCGCUCGUCAUCCUUGUCCUGCCUGGACCCUCCCAUGGGACAGCUUACCGGGAGCCAUCAACCCCACUGAAGGGAAAAUGUCAAAUAUCCGUGCAGUCAGGAAGAGACAACAGCUGAAUAACUUGGUUGCCAUGGUUACGGAGCUAGCCAGGCCAGGAUACACCAUUGUGGAUUUCUGCAGUGGAACGGGCCAUGUAGGGAUUGCUCUGGCUCACACACUGCCAGAUUGCCAGAUCAUCCUCAUAGAGAACAAAGAAGAGUCCUUGGUCAGGGCCCAGAGUCGUGGUGCUGAGCUCGGUCUGAAAAACAUCGGCUUCAUUCAGGCCAAUUUGGACUACUUCACCGGACCCUUUCACAUUGGGGUUGCCCUCCAUGCAUGUGGCGUUGCAACAGACAUGGUGAUGGAGCACUGCAUCCAGGCAGGAGCCACCUUUGUCAUCAGUCCUUGUUGCUACGGCUUCAUCCAAAACGCAAUCAAGUUCACCUUCCCCAAGAGCAAAAGGUUCCAAGAGACUCUGACUUAUAAGGAACACAUGAUCCUCUGUCGCUUCGCAGACCAAACUGCUGUUCAGCUCCCUCCUGAGAGGCGACUCAUAGGUAAACAUUGUAUGGGCCUGGUAGACUUGGACCGCUCGUGGGCAGCAGAGGCUCAUGGGUACUCGGUGCAGGUAAUGACUAUGGAGCCUGAAAGCUGUUCGCCAAAGAACAACAUGCUGGUGGGAAGACUGCAGCAAAAGAGUGGACUGGAAGCUGCUGCUAGCCAACUGGAAGCACCGGCGCAUAAUUAGGACCGCAAGCACCACUGUACAGCAUCUUCAGUGUGGUUAGGGUUUGAUAAAGUACCCAGCCUCUGUGGCUACUGUCGUAAUGGUGCUCAGAAUACUGUUUUUAAUCUACCCUCAACAUUUUCUUUGAAUUUGUUUUUUACAAGCCCUUUUGUAUGAAAUGGCCUCGGAAAAUAAAACAGUUGUUUAUUAUUUCUGGACUAGCAGAAGUCAACUUCUGAAAUGUCUUUCAGACUGAAGGUAAAGGUAACCAUGCAAUGAAUGACUGUGACAAUAAACACAUGGAAGGGUGCUUUCUGAGAACUAC